GAAGACCAAUCAAAAAUGGACUUAUGUGAAAUGAAAUAUGAAAUGUAUUUACUGACACUACUUGCCCUCAUCGGGUCGGCGUUUGCCGUACCCGUGACAGAAUUGUCAAAGCAGAGCCAUGCUGACAAAUACGUCCUACCCAGGACUGUGAUGCCGUCAUUCUACGACGUCGUUCUAUUCCUCGACCCCGACAAUGAAGCCUACUUCGAAGGAUCAGUUGACAUCAGAAUCAUUCCUGUAAAAGACACAAAUGAAAUAGUUCUACAAGCUAUGGAGAUGACAAUUGAUUCAAAUAAUAUUGAAGUGUUUACUGACACCCAGCCUGAAAACAAUUUAUACAGUUCACACACGUUAGCUACUGAUGACACACAUUUAUUCAAGAUCCAGUUGAAGGAAACAUUGCCGGCUGCUCGUGUCCACACCAUUAGAAUCAAAAACUUCAGAGGCCAAUACGCGACUAACAUGUUCGGUAUUUACGUGUCCACAUACACCAAUGAAGCGGGUCAGACUGAAAAACUGAUUACGUCACAACUGCAGCCUACUUUUGCCCGCCGUGCGUUCCCGUGCUUCGACGAGCCUUCCUUCAAGGCCAGGUUCAGGACCACCAUCUACGCUCGACCAUCUUACAGCGUGGUCGAGAGUAACAUGCCUUUGAGUCCCCCCGACGAUUUGCGCAAAGAAAACGUUCAGGGAUGGAAUAAGUACGAGUUCCAAGACACUCCAUUGAUGUCCACAUACCUACUGGCUUACCUGGUCUCAAACUUUGAGAAAAUUGACAACGCGGUCGAGCCCAUCUUUAACGUUCCAUUCAAAGUAUUUUCAAGGCCUGGCAUGCAGAAACCUGCAGAAUUUGCCCUAGAGUUCGGACAGAAGAACAUGGUAGCGCUACAAAAUUACGUUGAGUUUGACUAUGUAUUACCCAAACUGGACAAAGCUGCUGUUCCUGAUUUUGCUGCUGGUGCCAUGGAAAACUGGGGGCUGGUCAUUUACAGAGAAGUGGCUCUUCUGGUGACUGAUGGAGUGACGACUACUGCUACAAAGCAAAAUGUUGGUAGAAUCAUCUGCCACGAGAAUGUUCACCAAUGGUUCGGCAAUGAAGUCAGCCCUGACUCUUGGACUUACACUUGGCUGAACGAGGGCUUCGCUAACUUCUUUGAAAACUUCGCUACUGAUAUGGUGCUGGAUGAAUGGCGUAUGAUGGAUCAGUUUGUACUGGCUCUACAGAACGUCUUCCAGUCUGACGCUGUCCUCAUGGUGAACCCCAUGACCCACGCUGUCUACUCUCCCUCCGAAGUCAUAUCAACUUUCAAUGCUGUCGCCUACCAGAAAUGUAAUUUGUUUUCCUAGGAACGUUACCUCACAGACAAUAAGCUGACAGCUCCAGACCGCUGGCACGUACCCAUCAACUGGGUCCUAUCCACAAACCCUGAUUUCACAGACACUAAGCCACAAGGGUGGGUGCGUCCUACCUUCCCUGCUCUUUCCUUCGACAUCCCCGGUCUGGCACAAGCUGAUUGGUACAUCCUCAACAAACAACAGACUGGUUACUAUAGAGUGAACUACGAAGUUUCGAACUGGGUUGCAUUGGCGAGCGCAUUGGGAGAAAACCACGAUGUAAUCCAUGUUCUGAACCGUGCCAACCUUUUGGACGACGCGUUCAACCUGGCCAGAAAUGGACGCCUGAAUUACCAAGUUGCCUUGAGCUUAUCCAGGUACUUGGUCAAGGAGGAGGACUACAUUCCAUGGGGUGCCGUCAAUCCUUCAAUCACAUAUCUCGACUCAGUCCUCACUGGAUCAAGCGUUUACAAAUUAUUCCAACAAUACAUUCUACAGUUGACUGCCCCGUUGUACGAGAAACUUGGAUUUAUAGCAGAUAAUGAUGAUGAACACGUGACUGCCUACCAUAGGAAUAUUAUCCUGGAUCUGAACUGCCGUCACGGAAAUGAAGCGUGCACCAGUACUGCUCAGACACUCCUCGAAAAUUUCAAGGACAAUCCAGUUGCACAUAAUUUGAAUCCUGACAUUCAAAAUCUGGUUUACUGUGCUGGUCUUCGUGGAGGCAGUGUGGACAAUUUCAACUUCCUUUGGGAAAGAUACUUGAACAGCCAAGACCACAGCGAGCAGUCCAUUCUGCUGAAUGCUCUUGGAUGCACCUCCAAUGCGGAACGUCGUGAAUUCUACAUGAACCAGGUUAUUAGCGACUCGUCUCCUGUCAGAGAACAGGACAGGCACACAAUCUUGGUGUCUGUCACCAACGCCAGUCCUGAGAGCACAAAUGCCGCUCUUGACUUCGUUGUUGAGCACUUUGCGGCUAUCCAACCAAGAGUGCAAGGUUUGACUGGCACCACCAACAUCCUGAAUGCGUUUGCCAGAAGACUUACAACUCAAGAACAUUCCGCGAAGAUCGAUGAGCUGCACACACGCCAUCAAGCCAUUUUCACCGCUGGAGAGCUGGCUUCAAUCGCUGGAAUCAGAGACAAUAUUGCUGCCUCCAUUACUUGGAAUAAUGAAUACGCACAAGUUGUCGACGACUGGUUCCAGGACAAUUACGGUGACGGCAGUGACGGCCCUGGCGAUAGCGGUGAAGAGGGCAGCGGUGGAGAGGGCAGCGGUGAGGAUGGAGAUGGUGGUGGCGAAGACCCCGCUGGUGGCGGUGCUGCCAGCCUGGUAUCAGGCCUAGUAAUCUUAAUUUCGUUUGUAGCAACAUUUUUCAAUCAUUAACAUAUAGGUUGUACUAAUUAUAUUUGUCUACGUUUGGCUUAGUUUCUACAUUCCUUUUUAUUUGAACAUAACAUUGACUGGACAAUAUUAUUAUAUUAAUGUUCUGAUUACAAAGUAUGUAUGUUUGAAUGACGAUAUAUAUCCAUCUACAAUCUACGUGCGACAGAAAGGUAACAUUUAUUAAAAUAAAUAAUAUAUUACUACAUCAAUGUUAAUGUCACAUUAAUGCUUAAUCCAAUCUAACGUUUAAUGUUAUAAAGUAAUUAUUAUUACAUUCAACAAUGAAGUGUUCCAUUAAAAUACUAAAUCAUUUGAAAAGACAGCUUCGUCUAUAGCUAUUAAUGAAAUAAAUUAUGUAAGACUGUUACAUUCAAAUGGAAAAUAAUUUUAACUGUUAAUAUUGUAUAAUAAAAAUCCAUAAUUUUUGUUUAUAAUAAGUGUACAAAUAAAAUAAGAUUAUAUUUUUCUAUGAACCUUGUUAAUGUUUGUAUAGUAAAUAUUUAUUAAAUAAUAAUAAUUA